CUCCACGCUCAUUGGUGGUUACCGGCCGAUGACGCGACGCUCGACCGGGCGGUGGCGUUAACGCUGUAAUGGAGCCGGGUUGAGGCGCUCUUUUCGCGUUGAAGACCGCUGAGAGAGCCUCGCAAAGGUGACGACUUGUGGAGCGCUUGAGUCAUUUUUUUUCCAAUGGAGACAAUCAAACACAGUGAAGAGGUGCUGAGAGCAGCUUUAAUUUCUAAUCAUAAGGACCUUAUUGACUUGUACCAGAAAUACAGCCCAAGUGUGAAAAGAUUCCUAGAAGAAGCACUGCGUGGAAAAAGUAUUCUUUUCAAACCUAUUGAGUUACAAUCAAAGUCCGAUUGGAUCCGUAGUCACCCUGAAGCAAAGCAAGAUUUUUACACGUUUUACAACAACCCACACAGGAAAACACCAGUUCCUCGGAAGAAUGUAAUUUACAUUCAAACCAUUGGUUCAUUUGGUGACUCGGAGGCAACUACCAAUAUGUACAUACAUUGGUUAAAAGAAUAUUGUGAGGCAUUUUUCUUUGGGCUGAAGGUGAAAUUCCAGGAACCAAUUUCGGUAUCACACAUUGGUUGUAUGUUCCGUAUGAAUAAAUAUUCAGAAAAUCUGCAGAUUCAUACAGGUGGUAUUCUCAAAUAUCUAAAGAAGAGAAAGCCCAAAGAUGCCUUCUGCAUUGUUGGAAUUACAAUGAUUGAUCUUUAUCCAGAAGAUUCAUGGAAUUUUGUUUUUGGACAGGCAUCCCUCACAGAAGGAAUAGGUAUUUUCAGUUUUGCCAGAUAUGAUGAUGAAUUUUACACCAUGAAUUAUAAGGGAAAACUGAAGGGCAAGCAGCCUGUGGUUUCUGGUGAUUAUUCAGUUUUUGAUGAAUACUACACACCAUCUAUAACAAGCAAGCUGCUGUUAAGAUCAUGCAAGACUUUAACUCAUGAGAUUGGACACAUUUUUGGUAUGCAGCACUGCCAGUGGCUGCAAUGUGUCAUGCAGGGAUCGAAUCAUUUAGAUGAGUCUGAUCGACGUCCAAUUGAUUUAUGCCCAAUAUGCCUAAGAAAGCUGCAGUGUGCCAUUAACUUUGACAUUAAAGAAAGAUGCAAGGCACUGUUGCAGUGGAUUGAGGAAGAUUCUACAUCAAUAGUGGUAUCUCACAAACCCACUGAAGCAUUUGAAGAAUGGAAAGAAUGGUUGUUGCAGUGUUUGCAGCUUUUGGAGGAGUGAAAUUUAAUCAGUUUGAUUCACUAGGUAAUCAAUAAGCUUAAGAGCUUUGGAAUUCUGUUUAAACUUAAUUUUUUGUAUAAAACAGCUAAAUGCAGAAUGAUAAGCCCUUAAAUAAGUGGUGUAUAGUGUGAGAAAUUUAUAAUAUUUCUGGCUUAUUGAAGUUUUGUGAUAUUUCGGGAGUUUUAAUAAUGAGAUAUUUUUAAUAUGAAACUUUGAAAAUGUGCAUUAUCAAUGUCAAGUUUAUUGCUAUAUGUACAAGUGUAAUUUAAAAACUUGGUUGGAAGGAAUAGUUAAUUCUUAGAGGAAUGACAAAAUCUUGCUUAUGUAGAUCAUGUGUUGCACAUGUGUUUGCAGUUAGCUCUGAAGGAUUAGGUCAUCUCUAGUUUAGGCUUUGGAACCUAAUCUUUCAAAUUGAGUUUUUGUAACUGCAGCACAGUAAUUAAAGCUGUUAUGGUAUAGGAGAAUAGAUUCAUUUGAAACUGUAAUUAUAUUGGCAUUAGGUUGCUGGUAUUAAAUGACUUAGAACCUCA